AUGGCCACCCUGUUCUCGGCGGUGCUUGUCGUGCUCGGAAGCGCGCUUGGAGCUACUGCUGCCCCUGGCCAACACUCUGGCAAGUUCAACGGCCGGGCUGGUGCACGGGCCCAGCGCCCAGACGAGCUGCCCUUCAUGGAGACCGGGGCCGUGCGCUUGGCCUACCAGCUCAUGGACAGCCUGAACCCGUUCCCUGUUGAUGUCGUCCACGCUUCAUCUCCACUUGCGUGGAGCGUGGCUGGCGCGGUUGGCAGAGCCACUUCGCUGCACCCAUCUUGCGUGUACGUUCACUUGGUAAUCCUCAUGUCCCUCGUCUUGGACGCGGUGCAGGUCAAGUACGGGGGGAUCUUGGGCAAGUUUUCGAACCCUCUGAUGAUUCAGCACGGCGCGCCAGGGGACGGGAAGUCGAUCGCGUUGUGGCUCGUUUUCCAAGUCCUCGCGUACUUCGACAAGAUCCGCAACAAAGUCGCCAAGGCAGCCUACGAUCAAAAAGUGAGAGACAAGAAAGACAAGAGGAGGCAAGGCCAGGGUCAGGCUGCCGAGGAGGAGGACUCCGCAGAUGAAGAUCAGAAGCUGACGCCGCCCGCCGACGUGGAUUCGAUUUUCAACAAAGGCACAUUCAUCGGUUUAGGGCAGUUCCUGAAGGGGCAGGGCGGAGUAGCUUACUUCGGGCUUCACGAGGGCAAGACGAUCAUGACAGAUCUCUUCGCGAGCGGCCCCGGCGGCGGCGUGGAGGACUUGAACCAGAUCAUGGACCACGACUUGUACAAGAAUCACCCAGCGAACCACCAGUCCAAGUUCAACGUGCGCAACGUGCACGUGGUCGGCUCCGUCCUCAUGCACCUGGAGGAGGUGGAACGCCAGGCCCGCCAGUCGGACUCGGUGGCAGGCCUUUCGCGGUUCUUGAUCGGGAAAUUCCCCGUGGUGGUCCACAAAAUCAUGCCGGACCUCAACCCCGCGGAGGUCGAGCAGCUGCUCCAGGACGACCCGGAUUACUUCAACAGCAUGAACUACGACGACGUCGUCGGCGGCCUCGCUAAUAUUUUGUUCGCGGGGCGCCAGCUGUUCCAGAAAGACGCCCCCCCGCCGGUGCCGGCCACGGACGUGAAGAAAGUUUAUUCGAAGAUCACUGGUCUCCACACUCUGCCAAUGAGCUCCGAGGUCCAGGAACACUUCCGCAAGUCGUACAACGAUUCUGCCGACGCGAUCCGGGGCGACCUCGCCAACCUCGGUGGCCGGGCUUCCCAGCUGAGCAAGGACAAGACCAGGCCGCUCCAAUUCAUCGCGCCCGUGCAUCUCCUGGAGAAGACCAUCAACUUCUUGCUCUCGAAGGCAGGCAAGUCGGCGGAGGAAAAGAAAGACAUGGACGGACAAGCCAUUCUGGUAGCCCUCGCGUCCGUGGACUCGGAGUCCCUCUGCAAGACCGUGCCCGCGAGGGAUGCCAUCCCACGGGGCGCCACGAAAGCUGCCGUAGACACCUCCGUUGCCUUGGCGGCUCGGUUCGCCCGGAGCUUCAGCAUGACCGUGGGCGCUUCCCAGAUGGUCAAGGCAUUUCUCGCCGACCGCGCGCGACUCGCGGCCGUGCCGGCGCCUACCUUCGAGACGGCUGCGCAGAUGCUGAGCGCAAUCGUCGCGCCGCGCCUCGACCCAGCCAGCACGUUGGCGGAGAUCGCGGAGAAUCGCCUAAACAUUGUCGCAUUCGCACAACACCCUGCUGUGUCUGCCGACGACGUCCGCGCGAAGAUCGUGGACAUCCUCUUGCUCGCUUUCAUGGGGUUCGUCCACGUGAAGGACGGUCGCUGCGCGGUGGCAUGUUUCGCUUUGAACGACGAGAGCUUCCUGCGCGCAGCGAACCGACUCCAGACCUGGUGCCCGGAUGCCUCCUUCCCUCAUGUAAGAGCAUUGUGCCCGGAAGAGGGGCUUGGCCCGGUCGUCGUGAACGCCGACGCAGCGUCUGCCGCACUGGCGGCAAUGAAGAAUUUGGUCGAGGGCACUGCGGUGGACGUGUCGGUGCACGCCGACAUCUUCAGCACUUCCGCCGCCGAGGUCGUCCUGCCGGAGCCAGAUCCGCCUGCGACCCAGGCAGACAGGCGCAGCCAGAUUCAGCGCAUCCUUCAGGGCGAUGCCGCGGCGGCCGCUCACCCACGCGGACUCACGCAGGCAGGGCCGGCGGGGGAGCCGCCCGAGGGCGGGCCCGACCGCGAACGGGCUGCGAAGCGUCUUCGGAUGCGGGAGGACGCGCCCUUUGACUACCAGGGGCUGCGUGGCGACGUCUUGCUGGCUGGGAAGAUUGGCGCGGCUGUGUGCGCCGCGCAGUCCACCGACAUCGCCGUCAACAAGCUCAAGGACAUGUUCAAGAGCGACGGCACAGCGCCCGCCAUCGACAAGGCCGCAACUCUGCUGCUCCAGUUCUUCCACGAGCUGGGGCUGGGAACGCGCAGCAAAAUGGGGGAAUCAAUCGUUGUGCUGGCCCCGCCAGAGCAGCACAUCGAGACGGUGGCGAAGCGCAUUGCGUCGAUGUUCAAGCUGAACGAGACGAAAGAAGCGCGGAUGGUCGAAGCUAUGUCGAGGCGCCCUGUCCGCCUUCGCUUCAACUUGGAGGCUUUCGACGCUCUUGCCCGCAAGGUCGAGGAGGGCAUUCCUGAGUGGGCCCCGAAGCCGCGCUAA